UCACUCCCCCCUUUCCUCUAUCUCUCUCAUCUCUCUCGUUCAAACUCACUACCAUAUACUACAAGUACCACUCUACUGCUACUACUACUAAGUUCCUUCUCCUUCCAGUUUAGGUCACAAGUUUCCAUUAAUUAAGCUCUCACCAUGCACGACUACGGUGACAUGUUCGUACCCACCUCCACCACCUCCUCUUCCUCCUCCUCCGAUGAUUUCUCCGGCCGUCCACGGGAAUCCUUCCCAGAAUUCUUUCCGGCGAAAACCGUCCCUUUUCUUAACACUACUACCGCUACCACUCCCUUACUUACUGGCCGUAAAGCUGCCGGAAUCGAGUAUGACUCAAUUUGUGAAGCUAUAACAGCAGCACUAAGCUCGGAAAGUUUUGGUUACAGUAGUUAUGCUCCGGUGGGUUCGAAUUCAAGUUUGGUGCCGAGUUACUACUACGCUCAACGACCCAAUUUGAUUCAGAGGUGCAUGAGUAGCCAGUCUCUUCCCAAUGAGAGUUACAAUCCCAUUUUCUCUUCUUCGUCUCUUCAAUAUCAAUCUGGAAACCUGAAUCUGGACUUGGAGACUCUUCCUAUGGCUGUGAGGAAGGCGUUUAGCACCGGAGACUUACAGACAAUUAACAUGGUGCAACAACAACUACUACAACAACAUGGUCAUCGUCAUCGAUCAGAUAGCCCAAUUUCAAAUGAGAAUUGUACCAUCGAAGGGACGAACAAAGUUUUCUGUUAUAGUGCCGAAGAGAGGAAAGAGAGAAUCGAAAGAUACCGUAGCAAGAGAAGCCAAAGGAACUUCAAUAAGAAGAUCAAGUAUGCAUGUAGGAAGACAUUAGCAGACAGUCGGCCACGCAUCAGAGGCCGAUUCGCGAGGAAUGAAGAGAUUGGUGAGAGUUUUCAAACUCAGUGGACCCAGAUCGCCGGGAAGGAAGAUGAAGAAGAUGAUUUUGUUUGGACUAAUUUCCUUAAUGCUCUCCCCACUAACUUGACCCCCUUGGAUCCUUAAGAGCCAAAAGACGUAUCAGAUUUGAAGUGUCUCACUGUCACGAAUUAGUAUUGCUGCCGGGUUUUUAUUUUUUAUUUUUUCUUUCUUUUGUUGCUUGCUGCAAAGCAAGCUUUAAGACUAGACUGUAACUGUAUGACUAACAUCUUGAACCUGCAACCGUAAUUGUUGCAAAACUCAGUUACUGGGUCUA